UGCAAGCUCACUUCUCAGAAGGACCUUGGCGAUUCAGUGUACCAGACUACUUGCGAUGACAACAAGAUUGCCCCUUCAGUCGAAGAUAAGGAGUUCAUCAAGAUUAUGGAUGAAGAGUUCUUCAAGGACAAUUCCAACAGUUGGGUAGCUCCAUUACCCUUCCGAGUACCAAGGCUUACUAUCCCUAACAAUCGAGGACAAGCUUUAACCAGAUUUGCUGCACUUAAGAAAACUCUCUGUAACAAACCAGAGAUGCAAGAGCACUUUCUAGCAUUUAUGCAGAAGAUUUUAGAUAACGUUCACGCUGAACCAGCACCAGACCUGUUGCCUAAAUGGGAGAAAUGGAGAAACUCCAUGAAAGUACUGAAAGAACCUAAUAUCCCACGCUGCUAUUCACCCGCUUCAACUUCAAGAAGUCUGAGGAAAGAGAUUCACGUCUUUUGCGAUGCAUCUACCGAGGCUAUAGCGGCUUAUCUUAAGAUCAUAGAUCCCUCCGGGAGAUCCAAUGUCGGUUUUCUACUAGGAAGAGCCAAGUUAGCUCCAAAACCUGCUCACACUAUUCCAAGAUUAGAAUUGUGUGGCGCAACCCUAGCUGUCGAAGUCGCAGAAUUCCUGCAAAAUGAAAUGGACGCUGAAAUUGAUCAGGUUAAGUACUACACCGACAGCAAGGUCGUACUUGGCUACAUAUGCAACAGCGUAAGGAGGUUAUAUGUGUACGUGUCCAACAGGGUAGAACGUAUAAGAAAAGUCAGUAGACCUGAACAAUGGAACUAUGUCCCGACUGGUUUGAAUCCCGCAGACAUUGCAACGAGGUCAGUGUCAGCAGUUGUCCUCACGCAAACCAUUUGGUUUUCAGGACCCAAGUUUUUAUCGGACCAGUCUUCUACAAACUCAAAAGAAGAUAUCGAUUUCCACCUGGUGGAUCCAGAUACUGAUCCAGAAAUCCGCCCUGAAGUGAUAACAUUGAGUUCCAACAUCUGCUCAAGAAGAAACUUGGAAGCAAGACGCUUUAAACGUUUCUCUUCUUGGAAAAGAUUGGUCAAGACUAUAACAAGAUUGAGACAUAUUGCCCAGACUUUCCGCAAGCCCAAUCAGACAUCGUCUUGUCAUGGAUGGCACACUUGCAAGGAGUCACCCAAUGCGUUAGAGUAUGAGAACGCAGAAUUAUUCAUCAUACGUCUUGUGCAAGAAGAAGUCUUUGCAGAAGAGAUUAGAUGCUUGAGAGGCAAUAAACCAGUCUCAAAGAGUAGCCCACUAUUCCAACUGAAUCCAAUAAUCGACAAUGAAGGCAUGCUUCGAGUCGGUGGACGACUAAAUAAGUCAAACCUGCUAAAAGACCAGAAAGCUCACCUUAUCCAGUGGCCAGUUGGACUUAUUACAAAGGCCAUCACCAGUGAUGAUGGAAGAGUCCGAAGUGUGGAAGUCAGGAUCGUUAAGGAUGGGGCUUCAAAAACCUUCCUGAGACCAGUCACAGAGACAGUCCUAAUAAUGCCUGCUUCCAAAAAUUCUGAUUCAGUGUUAUGUGAAGGAGCCACUUAGGACCUUUAAUAUAGCUAGCUUAUAGACUUGAGAAGGCUAGAUAGCAUGUUACUGUAUGCAAUGUUAAUAAUAUGUAAAAGAAAAACAAUGUAGAGUAUAGUGGUAUCUCACGAUACCAGGCGGGGAGUGUGCUGUCACGCAGCU